ACAAGAUUUGGUUUCUGGUAAGCGGGUCAAAACCCGCCCCAUUUGCCCAGCCCUUUUAUCUUCCUACGCAGUUGCUCUUAACAGACUUCUUAGAAGGGUUCCCAACCAUCUCUCUCUAGCCUCUGCUAGCUAGCUACUAGCUACAAUCUGCUUACCCUUUUCUUCCAAUCCCUUCCGCAUUAUUAGGUUUUCUUCCACUACAAAUUCAGCACUUCCACCCCUUUCUUCCUAAUUUUAUAUAUUGCUCUCUGAAACUACAGUUAUAUAUAUAUAUCUUCUUCUUCUUCUUGUUGUUGUUCAAGAUCUACCCGUUUUGUUUUCUACAUAGAAAAUCGUGGUUAAAGCAAAAAGGGAUGCAUUCGGGUUUCGGUAUACCCGGGAUCCAGCACCAGCAACACCAGCAGCCAUUAGCUGAGACUGCUUCAUGUGCUCCAGUUCUGUUAUCCAUGAACCAAACACAUCUUCUGGAGCAAAUCCAUACCCUACCCACAACCCAACAACUGUUCCUCAACCAACACCAUCACUUUCUUCAGCCUCACCAGCAGAGUAGGCUGAACCACCACCACCACCACUACGUGGGCGGUGGUACUGCUCCUACGGCCUAUUUCCCGGUGAAUUUCAAGCUAGGUUUGAGUGACAAUAUUUGCCGGAGAAAUGAGUAUAAAGAUGGGAGUGUCAGUAGUAUUAAUGACGGUGGAGAUGCUUUGCUUCGUGGGAGUGAGCAAUAUGAAGUCCCCGAGGCCCGACAGGCUUCUCUUGGAAUGCUUCAUUGUUGGCAAAACCAAGAAGAUUCUGCCAUUAAACAACCUCCCUUGUGGGAACCACUAGCAGCAGAAGUAUCCAAUGAAAACAGUGAAAUAGUUGACAGACAAGAACACUUAGAAAUGAACCAGAAAGAAGCUCUAAUCAACUGCUUGGAGAGCAGCAAAAGUAGAGUACAGUUUGGCGAGCUGGAAGCCAUAUACAAACGCCUUGGUACUGCCGAGAGUAAUAACCAAACAGGUCCUAGUAGUGAAACUCUGCCCGUGAAUCCCAACCGGCCCGUGGGCUUAAUUGAUCAUGGGUCCGAGGCUUCUAUUGGAGAAGAAGCCUCAGCAUCUCUCAAAGAAGCCAGCAGAAAGAAGAGGAAAAAGAAGAAGAAAAAGAAGAAAACCUGCAGCUACUACGAUCAACUACUGCUUAAUCCCAUGGCGGAAUUCUUCGGCAACUUGGUGAAGCAAGUGAUGGAUCAUCAAGAAAAUCUUCACAACAAGUUCACGGAAGUGAUUGAGAGAUUAGAUGUAGAAAGAAGGGCAAGAGAGGAGGCUUGGAGGAAUCAAGAACUGGCCCAUUUUGAGCAAGAAUCUGCGGCGAGAGCCCGUGAGAAGACGUUGGCAGAAAGUAGAGAAGCCAUGAUUGUUUCAUACUUGGAAAAAAUUACAGGUCAAAAGAUCAAUCUUCACACAUUUGAUCCCACAGAGAUCACCCAUACUAACACAAGUGAUGAAGUUGGAGUGCAGGAUGGAGCUGGAGAAGGCCCGAAGCUGAAGCCCCAGGACCAACGUUGUUGAAGUUGGAAACUGUGCAUUGGGAAUAAAAGUUUCAAGAUACAAAUGUUGGAGACGUAGAGAUGGAGGAGUAGAAAAGAAUUGAAUGGUGGGAGAUUGGGGUGAAAAGGGAAGUGAUGAGAGAAGAUAAAUGCAUGGAAUGGAGGUUAAAACUUGAAGAUGAAUAUGAAUUUGGAGCAAGACAUUUGAUCCUGCAGGUGCAUUGCAGACGAAGGAGAUUUUGGCAGUGCAUGGAAGAAGGUUUUAAUUAGCUGUUAAUUUAAGUAGGUAUGUAGCUUGAUAGAUAGCAUGGAUCUGCAGGAUUAAUGUAUUAAUUAAGCAGCUUACCACAAUCUUAUUCUAUCAGAGAGCAACGUAACUAGCUAGGGUUUGUAUUUGGUUCCGUAUUUUGAGUACGCCUUCCUUUUAAUUACCACUAAUUUAUUUCA